UCCUAACUGAGCCCUUUGGGCUGCCACACCAUCCUGUCUGCUCCUCCUCACCACAGAGGGUCCUGCCUGCCCUCUCUGCUACCUGGAGGUGUCAGGAGCUGCUCAGGUGCUGGGAGGUGUUGACACACGAGCUCUGUGGUGGCUCCCAGCAGCAGCAGAGCCGUGCUCUGCCCUUCAGAGUGACCUUUUCCAUUGCUUAUUGAGCACUGGGGCUGCACUCGUGGCAGGGACAGCGGAGAUUCCAGUGAUGCAGGACACAGCAGCCAGCCUGCUCCUGGGGGGAGCAGCUGCAGGGCCAGGGUGGCCAUCCCAGGGCUGGUCACCUGGCCUUGGGGACACCCUGCUGCUGGCCAGGUGUGGUAGGGAACUGUGUGAAGGUCCAGAAAUUGCUUCUCAUGUGGAUGUGGGUUCUGACAAGGUGACCCUGAGCUGUAACAUAUCUGCUCCACACCUCAGCAUCACGGGCCACAAGUGGGUUCACAAGGAGAAGACCCUGCAGGAGGACAGCAGCUCGGCUGCUUUUACCAGCUACACAAUUGAGGGGAAGAUGGAGGAGCACUCUGGCAUCUAUGAGUGCAUCUUUGAAGCCAACCCACAGAUAAAAGGAGAAGUGAAUAUUUCUGUUCCCCCCCAGGUGACAGCAUACAAGAAUUCAGAGCAUGGCAACGAGGGGGACACAGGGGUGCUGACCUGCAAGAAUCCCUCCUACCCUGCUGUCACCACUUGGUCCUGGCACAAAAGUGGCCACGGGCGCCUGGAGAACGCCUCUGGCAGAUACAUCAUCAAAUCCAGCGGCAACAAGACGGAGCUGAGGAUCCUGAAGCUGGACAUCGAGCAGGACACGGGGGAUUAUUUCUGCAAUGGCACCAACGCCCUGGGCACGGGCGAUGCCACCGUCAGCCUGCGCGUGCGCAGCCGCCUGGCAGCGCUCUGGCCCUUCCUGGGCAUCGUGGCAGAGGUGCUCGUGCUGGUCACCAUCAUCUUCAUCUACGAGAAGAGGAGGAAGCCCGAUGAGGUUCCUGACGAUGAUGAUGGAGGCUCUGCACCACUGAAGAGCAAUGCCACAAACCACAAGGACAAGAACGUCCGCCAGAGGAACGCCAACUGAGGGCAGGGCCGGGUGAUGUGUAGAUGAAGAACUCGUCUGGACAAUUUUGUUUUCUUUUAAUUUUUUGGUAAAAUAGCACCAUGGAAUAUUCUAGUGCGUCCUUGAGAUUCAGUUACUUCACUUUCUAAGGAAACUUAAGUUGUAGGAUAUAAAAUACACUUUUUUUUUUUUUUUUUUUUUUUUUAAGAGUCGUGGGAGGGUUUUUCUACCUGUAAAUGUAAAUCCUUUGUUCCUGGUAGUCUAGGUCUCUGACUGUCUCUGUCCUAGGUUAUUUUAUGUUGGUACAGAGUGGGGAGGGGGGGGUGGGAAUGCAGCUGUGUCCCACCUGCUUGUGGGGGUGAGGGAGGAGCUGCUUUGGGGGUUGUUGGGAGAUGACCUGAUGUGACCAGAGGGUUCAGGAAGGGGUUCUGUGUCUUUCCCAGUGUGUCACCAGGAGCAAGGCUGCACCUUUCCCUGGCCAGGGCUCGUUCCUGGCCGUGUCCCUGUCGGGCAGACUCCCAGUCAGCUCCUGCCAAGCUGCUCUUGGUUACUGUGCAGCCAGGAGCUGGAUGCUGGAUAAAUGAUUGCUGUAACUUAUUCCAUGGGUUGUUCAUGUCUGGGCAGUGGGGAGGGGCGGGGUGAGCAGGGGCUGGGGGUGGUUUUAAGGUUUAACAGCUUGUGCUUUGUGCUUUGUGCUUGAGCCAUGGCUGUGUGUGCGUGACUUGGGGGCCUGUGAGCAGCCAGGUGCUCAGGGGAGUCUAACACCUUUACUGCUGGUUAGCAUUGAACUGUUCCAUCUGUUAACACUUCACAAAUAAAGAUGAUUCCUCUCUCUUUUUUCCA